GACAGCGGUAGAUAUGGAAAGACUGGUCGAGCGGUUGGAGAAGGCUGUGGAGCGCCUGGAGACAGUGUGCCAAGGACCUGGCAUGUGUGCAGAUGGCCCCUCCAAAGGAAUGGCUCAGUACGUGCAGGCUUUCGAUGCCCUUCUGGCUGGCCCGGUAGCUGAAUACAUCAAGAUCAGCAAAGAAGUUGGCGGGGAUGUGCAGAAGCAUGCUGAGAUGGUUCAUGCGGGUUUGAUGAGCGAGAGGGCUCUUCUGGUGAUGGCAUCUCAACAUCAGCAGCCAGCAGAGAAUGCGUUCUCAUCGCUUCUGAAACCAAUUUCAGAGCACAUCCAGGUGGUGCAGAAUUUCAGGGAGAAGAACCGUGGUAGCAAACUGUUCAAUCACUUAUCAGCAGUCAGCGAGAGCAUCCCAGCCCUGGGCUGGGUGGCCAUGGCUCCAAAGCCUGGUCCUUAUGUGAAGGAAAUGACCGAUGCUGCCAUGUUUUAUACCAACCGGAUCCUCAAGGAGUACAAGGAUGUAGAUAAAAAGCAAGUGGACUGGGUGAAGGCUUACCUGAGUAUCUGGACAGAGCUGCAGGCCUACAUCAAGGAGUAUCACACCACAGGGCUGACUUGGAGCAAAACAGGUCCUGUAGCAACAGAAGGGACUAAAGCACCGUCCGGUCCCCCCGCCGGGGCUGCGCCUCCCCCACCAGGCCCUCCUCCCCCACCUGCUCCUGCCCCCUCCAGCUCCAGCACAGAUGACUCUGCCUCCCGCUCUGCGCUCUUCGCCCAGAUCAAUCGGGGAGAAGGCAUCACGGCUGGCUUAAGACACGUCUCAGAUGACAUGAAGACCCACAAGAAUCCAGCCCUGAAGAACCAAGGGGGUCCCGUGAGAAGUGGACCCAAACCUUUCACUGCUCCCAAACCAGCCUGUAAUGCUAAUCCCUCCCCAAAAACCUCUCCAAAGGCACCUGCGUUGCUAGAAUUGGAGGGCAAAAAGUGGAGAGUGGAAAACCAGGAGAACGCCACUGACCUGGUAAUCAGCGACACAGAGUUGAAGCAGGUAGUUUAUGUUUUCAAGUGCACAAAUAGUACACUCCAAAUCAAAGGGAAGAUCAACUCCAUCACCCUCGAUAACUGUAAGAAGCUAGGGCUGGUGUUCGAUGACGUGGUGGGCAUCGUAGAGAUCAUAAACAGCAGGGACGUUAAAGUUCAGGUAAUGGGUAAAGUGCCAACAAUUUCCAUCAACAAGACAGACGGCUGCCACGUGUAUCUGAGCAAGAACUCCCUAGACUGCGAAAUCGUUAGUGCCAAGUCAUCAGAGAUGAAUGUCCUUAUUCCCACAGAGGGUGGCGACUUUACUGAAUUCCCUGUCCCAGAACAGUUCAAGACAGUGUGGAACGGUCAGAAGUUGGUUACUACUGUGACAGAAAUCGCUGGCUAAGCAGAAAAGCUCCAAGGCUCAUGCCCUCCCCUGGCCAUGCUGUGGGACAAAUCUGCUUUCCGAUGAUUCUUUUAGAUUUCUUGUACCUUUCUGCUCUCAAACUGCUUCUCUUCUACCCGAGAGACACAGCUACCUGCCAUCACUGAAAUACCUCUUUGGUGUAGGUGGCGGGUCAAUUAUCGUCCACAUCUAUUAGCAGGAAGGCGUUAUUCUUUUUUCCUCCCCUUGUCCGAUCUAACUGCACCAAUUGAUAAAGUCAGAUUUUCAGUGAACUUCACAGCCAGUACUGGCAGUUGGCUUUCAGAGUGUUGUUUGGGGUUUUUUU